AUGACGAAGCAUCAGCUUCUGCCCAACCAGGUGACCUAUGGCGCCGUCACGGCCGCAUGUGAGAAGGCAGCAACCUGGCGACCGGCGCUUGCGAUGCUGCAACAUGCCUUGCAGCAAGAUCACACAGGACUUAUCAUCAGCAGUUCUGUGCUGAGCGCCUGUGAGAAAUCCAGUGCUUGGCGUGCAGCUGCUACUCUGACACAGUCCAUGGCUCGUACGAGCGUGCAGUCAGAUGUCAUUGCUUGCAGCGCGGUUCUGUCGUGCAAUGAGAAAGCUGGACGAUGGGCCCAAGCUUUGGAGAGCUUGUCCAGGCUUUUCUUGGGUGGCAUGUCUCCUAGCACGGUGACACUGAAUGCUUCGGUGAGCACCUGCGAAUGCAACGGCCAAUGGGAACGUGCUUUGGUGCAGCUCGUGUUGCUACGGAGGCUUCUUCAGCCAGAUGUCGUGAGCUACAGCGCGGCUGUGGUAGCAUGCGGCGCAAGUGGCAAGUGGAGCGCAGCCACGCUGCUGUGGGCGGCUUUGGGGGCAAGUGCAGUGCAUCCGAAUAGCGUGACUCGCAAUUCGCUGAUCAGUGCAUGCGAAGAGUCUGGACAGUGGGAGCUUGCUCUGGAGGUUUUCGAGCGUGGCAGUACAGACCAGGAAACCCGCACCGUCAGAAGCAUCAACUCGGGCAUCAGUGCUUGUGCCCGAGGCAUUCUUUGGAGUGGGGCUGUGCACCUCCUUCGAUCCCUCUUGCAGCCGCAACUCCGGAAGCAGCAAGUGCAGCCGACAAUUGUAAGCUUCAACUCGGCUCUGAGUGCGUGCGCUAGCUGCCAGCAAUGGCAGGAGGUCAUCGCGAUCCUGGGAAGCUUGCGGAGGCACGGCUUGCUGCCAGAUGCCAUCUCCUUGAAUGCUGCAGCAGCAGCGCUUGAGCGUCAAGGUUGUUGGGUCAGUGCAUCUCUGCUACUGGCAGAAGCACAGCGCGGAGCCGACCGGCUAUUGGGUCCAGAGGUGAUGACUGUCAGUACGGCCGUGGAUGCAAGCCAGAGGCACAUGCGCGCAUCUCGAGUUGCAGAAAUGCUCCGUGAGGCACGAACACGACCGGAUUGGUUCUAG